AUGCUAGAGGUCCUGAAUCCAGAUAUUAUCAUUAUUCUAUGCUCAUUCCUGGAUCUGGCCUCUCUAACAAGUUUGGCAGCCGUCUAUCCACACUGGUCAAGCCUGAUCUUACGAUCUGUGAAGACCAAAAUCUGGGCUUUGAAAUUGAGAAUCUUACCACAGCACACUACUAUAGAAUACCACUCAGUGGACAAACCGAGAGAUGAAGAGGAAAUCUCGAAAAGAGAUCUGGUGGAGGGAAACUGGGAACAGCUACCGAGAUUUUCCUGGGAAAAUGUACCAUUUCACAUGAUGACUAUUGGUGCCGUCGAUAUUACCCAGUUUGGAUCGUCAGAACUUCCCGAGCGGGUAAUCUCAGUGCUUUCAACGGUCAGUGCAGGGCAACUAAGUUUGAAGUUCGAAACACGAGAAGAAGCCCGAAAAGUACUUCAAGCUAUUUCCUUCAAUCCUGGAUCGACUGUAUAUCUUCAUGAGCUCUCAUUUCGAAUUGCUAAAGAGCCAUUUCUCCAGCAAGCAAAGUUCGAAAACGUCAAAGAUCUCUGGUUCACCGGCGACAUGCUAUCGGAGGAUCUCUCACUUCUUCUGAACUCUGACAUUCCCUCACUCUGCCUGAACAGCGAUAGUUUACGCCAGUCUUGUGUGACUAUCAUUAAAGAUUACAUUAAGCGAUUUCUUGAUGGAAAAACAGCACAGAAAAGUUGUCGAAUUAGUGCGAGUGGUGGUCUUCUGCGGUAUAUGUUCGAGGGCAUUGGCGGUCGAGGCGAAACACGUCUCUCAAAUGGUUCACGGAAAGUCCACCUGUAUGACGGAUUGGAAGAAACGCCCAUACAUUGCUUUAUUGACGCCAUGGACGAUUCUACAUAA